AUGCUAGGUUUUUUGUCGGCGCGACAAGCCGGAUUGGACGACCCUCUUCACCUACAAAGAGCGGAGUCCACACGCAGGGUUUUGGGACUGGAGUUAAACAAAGACAGAGAUGUUGAAAGGAUUCACAGCAAUGGAGUUAACAGCCUGGACAUUGAACCUAUUGAAGGGAGAUACAUGUUAUCAGGUGGUUCAGAUGGUGUGAUUGUACUUUAUGAUCUUGAGAACUCCAGCAGACAACCUUGUUACACAUGUAAAGCAGUGUGUUCUGUUGACAGAUACCAUCCUGAUGUUCACAAAUAUAGUGUGGAGACUGUACAGUGGUAUCCUCAUGACACUGGCAUGUUCACAUCCAGCUCAUUUGAUAAAACUCUGAAAGUAUGGGAUACAAACACAUUACAAGCUGCAGAUAUUUUUAAUUUUGAAGAAACAGUUUAUAGUCAUCAUAUGUCUCCAGUUGCCACUCAGCACUGCUUGGUAGCAGUUGGUACUAGAGCGCCCAAAGUACAACUUUGUGACUUAAAGUCUGGAUCCUGUUGCCACAUUCUACAGGGUCACAGACAAGAAAUUUUGGCAGUUUCCUGGUCACCACGUUAUGAUUAUAUCUUGGCAACUGCAAGUGCUGACAGUAGAGUAAAAUUAUGGGAUGUGAGGAAAGCAUCAGGAUGUUUGAUUACCCUUGAUCAGCAUAAUGGGGAAAAGUCACAAGCUGUUGAAUCAGCAAACACUGCUCAUAAUGGGAAAGUUAAUGGCUUAUGUUUUACAAGCGAUGGCCUUCACCUGCUGACUAUUGGUACUGAUAAUCGAAUGAGGCUCUGGAAUAGUUCCAACGGAGAAAACACACUAGUGAAUUACGGAAAAGUUUAUAAUGACAGUAGAAAAGGAUUGAAAUUCGCUGUCUCCUGUGGCUGCAGUUCAGAAUUUGUUUUUGUACCAUAUGGUAGCACCAUUGCUGUUUAUACAAUUUACUCAGGAGAACAGAUAACUAUGCUUAAGGGACAUUAUAAAAGUGUUGACUGCUGUGUAUUUCAGUCUAAUUUCCAGGAACUUUACAGUGGUAGCAGAGACUGCAAUAUACUUGCUUGGAUACCAUCCUUAAAUGAACCAGUGCCUGAUGAUGAUGAGACCUCAACCAGAUCACAUUUAAACCCAGCAUUUGAAGAUGCCUGGAGCAGCAGUGAUGAGGAAGGAUGA